AUGUCAUUUGCCAGACCUGCCUUGUGCUUGAGGCUUUGCCUUUGUGCAUUCAUCGGGAUAAACAUUGGGACUGACGUCUCAGACCUUCCGUCUGAGACAGAUACAGUUGCGCUCCUUAAAGCCCAUCAAAUUUCACAUGUGCGCCUCUAUAAUGCUGAUACUCACAUGCUGAAAGCCCUUUCAAACAGUGGAAUUGAAGUAAUGGUAGGUGUCACAAAUGAGGAAGUCCUAGGGAUUGGACAGUCUCCAUCAACAGCAGCAGCCUGGAUUAAUAAAAAUGUUGCAGCUUAUUUGCCUUCAACCAAUAUUACAGCCAUUGCUGUUGGCAGUGAGGUUCUUACCUCAAUUCCUCAUGCUGCGCCGGUUUUGGUUUCUGCUAUGAAUUCCCUUCAUAAAGCCCUGGUUGCUUCAAACCUAAAUUAUCAGGUCAAAAUUUCAACUCCACAGUCCAUGGAUAUAAUCCCUAAGCCAUUCCCCCCGUCCACUGCCGGCUUUAAUUUAUCAUGGGGACCUACCAUUUACCAAAUCCUUCAGUUUAUAAAAAACACAAAUUCCUAUUACAUGCUAAAUGCCUAUCCUUAUUAUGGGUACACCGAGGGGAAUGGAAUUUUCCCGCUUGAUUAUGCUCUUUUCCGCCCACUUCCCUCUGUCAAGCAGAUUGUUGACCCAAACACUCUUUUCCAUUAUACCAGCAUGUUUGAUGCUAUGGUGGACGCUACCUAUUAUUCUAUAGAGGCUUUCAAUUUUUCUGGGAUCUCUAUUGUUGUCACAGAGUCUGGUUGGCCAUGGUUUGGUGGAUCCAAUGAACCGGAUGCCAACACAGGAAAUGCUCAGACGUACACAAAUAAUUUGAUUCGGCGAGUGUUAAAUGAUUCAGGUCCUCCCAGCCAGCCAAAGUUGCCCAUCAACACGUACAUUUAUGAGUUGUUCAAUGAAGACGAGAGGCCAGGACCAGUGUCAGGGAAAAAUUGGGGUGUGCUCUUUACGAAUGGGUCUUCUGUAUAUCCUUUAAGUUUGAGUACUUCCAAUCAAAAUACUGGGAAUUCUUCUGGGGUUUUCUGCGUGGCGAAAGCUGAUGCAGAUCCUGAUAAGUUGCAGGAUGGCUUAAACUGGGCUUGUGGGCAAGGCCAAGCUAACUGCACUCCUAUUCAAAAAGGGCAGCGGUGUUAUCUCCCCAAUACUAUCGCAAAUCAUGCUUCAUAUGCUUUUAAUGACUAUUAUCAAAAGAUGCAAAGUGUUGGCGGAACAUGUGACUUUGAUGACACCGCCAUGACAACUACUGUUGAUCCAAGUUAUGGAUCUUGUAAAUUUACCGGAAGUUCUAAUUCAAGCACAAUCGGGGGACUUACACCAGCGGCAAUUGCACCUUCAAGCGCCGUUGGAGGCUGGAGUUCAAAUCUACAAGUUUCCAAUCUUCAAUAUCUCAUACCGGCAGCAUUUCUUGUAUUGCUUUUGCUUUGA